AUGGCGACGCCCACACUGCGUUGCGACCAGAGCCACUACACUGUGCGCAUCCCACCGCCGGUCCCAAUCGCGUUCGCUACGACGCGGCCUGCGCAGCAGUGGACAGUGACAAACAAUCAUCUACGAACAGAGCCCGUUUCCAUAUUUAGAAAAGCUACAGAUCUCGACUACUACCCCAUACUGCCCAAGAUCUCGUCGCUCCUAAAGAACAGCAGUACCAACGGAGAGCCAAGGAAUCUACAAUGUCGAAUUGACAAAGAGACCAUGGAAAUUCGCAAGCGGAAACUACCGAGGCCUUUACUGAACUACGAGCCAGGUGUAAUCAGAUCUCCACGCAUCGUCAUGGCCACGCAACAGCGAGAGGGUAGAUCACAGGAGCCACGAGCACGCUGUGUCUCUCCAUCAGCUCUUGACUGGGACUACCACACGCCUCUGUCUGCAGCGCGAAAUAUGCCCACCACUGUCAACAUCCCCACCGUCUCAAGUGAUGUCUACCAAGACGGACGAGCGGCAACUCCUGUGUCCCGUACAGAGGUGACACCACCGCUCUCGUCUACCCCGGUAAUGCAUCAAGGGCGCAGUGACAUCAUAGAACGUCGUCCGUUGUACCAGCACGAGAUCCACACUCCAGCCGAGAUUCCGGUCCUUCCUCGUUACCACGAGACCCACUCAAAGAGAACCAAUAGGACUCUCAAACCACACACAUACCCAGUUCCAGUUCACUAUACCCGACACGAGGAAGAGAUCGAGACGAAUACUCAGAAACGACGUCGUGUGACUCCCUCUCCUCGUCACCCUCUGUACGAGUCCGAGUACGGCCUGACUGUCCUAGAGACUUCCAAGCCGCUGAUGCAUUCACGUUAUCCUCUUAGUAUGCGGUCUAUUAGUCCAGGAACGGACGACCCAGCGUCUCGAUUGCGCUACAUCCGAUCCGACUCGAAUGAUUUCGACAAAGUCAGCGCGUCAAUCUCUAUCCGCUACAACGAGGGCGAAAAGGGAUUGAGAACAACUGAGAUACGAGCUCCACGCACUGCGGAAGAUCGGGAGUCUACGUCCAUAGCGACAUUGGUGCUGAAAUCCAAAGAGUUUCUAAAUUCCAGCAACCUCGUACGCAAUCGUCACGAUGAGAUUGACUGGGUUGCAACGUUUCUAAAGGUUGGCUUCGACUCGACGAGUAUCUACGCGCUCAUGUGUCCCCUUCGCAAAGGCCGCUGGAAAUCCGAGGAAGAAAAGUACACGAUGGGGUUGCUACGUCUCAUUGAGAACGGUACGAUUCUCCUACGUCAUGGCCAGAGUAUUCGUGGCUACAUUGGCGAAAAGCUACACAGCGACGACAUGCGUGUACUAAAAAAACUGAGUAAUUGCAAGAUGUUCCACUUCGCCAAGCUCAUCAAUCCGAGGCUCGCAGAGGAGGAGAAACUCGACUUGAACGUGGAUGGUGCUCAAGAAAAGCUGGACCAACUUGAUCUACUCAAGGGCGAAUUCCUACGUUCUGUGCAGCUAGAGGCGCUUGUAGCAGUACGCAAACAUCUCAGCGAUAACUCCCUACGCGAGUUACUCAACACCCAUGACGAGUAUGCAUUGUAUUCCUGCCUUCUGUUGUGGAUAAAAGCGUUCAAACGCAAUGUGCAUUUGGCCUUCCAUCUUGGUUUCAAUUGCAAUAUCUUAAUGAAGCGAGCUGAAGGUGUCAUUAAAAGCGACGAGGUGGAUCCAUCUGGACUGCGUAGAUGCACAUUCACAGUGCAGAUUGAUGCCGCAGUGGAACAUGGAGCGUUUGAAGCACCAGGCUUCCGCUUUCGCUUCCUUGAUGGCUCCAGAAAGCAGACGAGUGCCAUUGGCUCUGGCCAUGGAUGGACACGACUUCAAGACAAUGAGGCAUCGGAAUCUUCAGAAUGUUUCCGCUUUGAGCAGAGUUAUCCUGAUGUUGCAGUCUCCGAGUCACUCGCGAUGGCUGUAGAUGAAGACCCAAUUUUGUCAUUUUUUCUGUUUGAUCACCCUGGUCUCGCGAAUACUGGAACCACUCCACGUACACAGGGGAAGGAAGUUAAGCCUUCUACUGCAAAAGCACCCGCCGCAGCUGCACCAGUACCGAGUUUACCAGUUGAAUUUACUCCAAAAGCGUUUGCAGGGAUCUACGAAAUGGACGUCAGUAGUCUGCUCUCAGGUGCACUUCGCAUCAAGCAGGUGUGGACCGGCAACGUCCAGUCUGGGAACGAGACACAACUGCCUACCCAAAGUCUCUGCUUGAUACCGUCAACAUCUGGUCUUAAAUACCUCUCCAUCCAGGUUACUGUAGAUCAACCAUUGCUGACAGGAGGACUACUGAAAAAACUUAACCCUAUCACGAUCACUAUCGGAACGGGACGUCGAUUGCCUGGAGCAGUGAGCCAAGGGAUCGGAACGAGAUCGCCACACUCACCUCUUCAUCGCUACUGCAAACCAGCCUUCGCUUUGAUACAUUUCUUCCAAGAUCAGCUCCAUAGCGUAGCAACGAAUUCCUCCACUCCCAGAUCUCGUCACUCUGUACCCCGGCUUUUGUUGACUCCAGGACAGCGCCAGAGCGAUACGAUACGAUGGAACUCGAGCUUGACGCUGCUCUGUGGUCGCUUCAACCCCUUGGAACUCAUUGAUGCCAUUCGAUUUGGAGCGCUUACCGUGGAGAUUCGAGAUAGAGACUUAAAGCAGGAGGGAACACUGGCACGAUUCCAGUUAAAGUGGGAGAGUUUGUACACCACAGGCGUGGAUCCUGGCGAGCAACAGCAAUUUAACCCGAUCACGUCUCGUAGCACACCUCGCAGCGACGCAGACCCUGGAAGUCCUGCCCCCACAGCAGCUAAACCGAUGGACCUGCCAGAAGUGGACGAAAUUGCGCGUAGUGAUUGGAGACUAAUGCUCGCAAAUUCCGGUCGACUGUUUCCAUACGGACUGGGCACUUUUCGCCUUACGGAGCUUCUCAACACGGCAAAGCAGUGGAUGGGUGGGAUGCAAGCGGACAGUGACAGACCGUACAUGACUCUAAAGCUCACAACAGACAUUAUCUCCAAGAAGCGGCGUGCGAGUCCACUUGGAACUGCCACGUUGAGUGAAGAAAGCGAGCUCCCAGCAACAGUUGACUUGUCACCACUAGAGAAAGUCAUUCGUGAGCCUGGUGCCUAUAUCUCCACUGGUGCCUCACUCAGUAUCAAUGUAGUGCUACAAUCUCCAAUCGAAACAGUCGGCACAGAUUCAGUUGGGGUGCAAACCACGCCGAUCGACACUGAGAUUCCAUCCCCCGAAGAUGCCAAGACUGCCUUGAAAUUCUCUAGGAUGGCCGUGAUCAUUCCUUACAAAGACAACGCUACACUUGGAGAGGUGACAAAAGCCAUGACGACCGUCAACUUGCAGGCACUUCCUGGUGUCCCGAUUCGCUCGUAUCAAAUGACGGAAUCUGAGAAGAUGGACUGCGAAACUGGAGCCUUGGACGUCAUCACGGGGACUCAAAUCAUCGACAGCCAAUAUCGCAUGAUCAUCGUGGAAGGUCUUGCAGAUAAAGGCAUGAAAUAUUUGCAUGAGCAGCUUCAACGCAAGGGCCCAAACGACCCGGUAGGAUACCGUAUGUUCUGCAAUGAAGAGCUCCGGUUCACACGACGACUGUACACCGUCUUCGAGAUCGAUUUGAAGCGGAUCAAACUUCGUUAUCCGCUCUCUGUGCUCAUGAAAACACCGGACAUUUACAUGCGAGCCAAAGUCUCUGAAAACUGUCACCAGGCUCUAGCUCGUCUCGCAGAUAUGCGCAAAAUCCAGCGUCUUAUUGAAGUGAAACACCUGGAUCUCUUCCCCACAGCGCAAAUGUUGCUCGAAGUUGAGAGCAAGUAUGGAGAGAGCAUCACACUGGAAGAUAUCCACGGAACAAGGAAUGAAUCCUCUAAGUCAGAGACGAAUAACACAGGAGAGCGCACUUCUUCACAAGAAGAAAUAAAGAACCCAACUGGAUCCACUCGACACCAUACCAAUAAGUUGAAAGCACCCACAGACUCAACAAAUGCCAGCUUCGAGCAGUCCCGACGGAAUCGAGUAGAUAAAAACUUCCUCUUGGAACGCAAAAAGCACGCGGAGCUCCUUCAGGCCGAAUAUGCCGAGAGAAAACAGGCUGAAAUGCUUGAAGACACCUUGCAAGGACCAGUUUAUCUCUACAGCGGCCAAAAGCUUCGGACCCAAGACAUCCUCCAAGAUAAGCUGCGCGAACAAUUGUCUAAAAAUCGUCACGCCACGUACACAUACAGUCGUGACUUCCAGUCGCUUGCACUCAGCAUGGUCAAUCCAGAAGCGCUACGGCAGACUGAAGAACAGGAGAACCGCAAAAAGUGGACGACUCAGCGUGGAUUCAUCUACCCAGCGCCUCGACAGCCAAGUGAGUACAAGAAACACCCCAACGCUCCCAGUGAAGCUCGCUGCGAAGACCUCAGACAGCCAUUUGUUGAUAAUAUCAACCAUCCAAAGCCAGUUUCCAGAGACUCGAGCGAACCUGGCAGUAGAAAGUGCCCAGAAUUCUCCACAUUGCCCUCCAAGGACAUGGUAUUCGGCGGAACCAACGGAGACGGCACAGUGAAUCCCGACUACUUCCGAAGUGUCCAUCUGUGCGGCGAAGGCCUCCGUCUCGAGAUGGAAGAAGCGCUUAAGAAGGAGCAAGACGAGUGGGAACGUCGACUUGUCGUGGACAAGAAGCAACUCAAGUUCCUCGCCCACGGUAGCAUCUGCAGUCAGCCUCGGGAUAAACCGUCUCAGCUCGAUAAAAUCUCCGACAUCCUGAGAGGUCCAGCCCAUUCCAAGCCUAUUCGUAUCGUCAAGAACGCCACAUUGCCCAGCGGGAAGCGCGUGCCAUUGGAAAAGACACCCGUCACGAUUCAUAACCACGAGAAAUACGUUGGCUGCGUUGCUGCCACGUUCGCGAGCACUCUCCGUCCUUCAGACAACAACCAGUUUGUGGCGACUGACGCCUUAUCGGGUAAACCACAGGACUUCUUGUUCCCAUCAACGUCGAAUAUCUUGACUCCACCUGUCAAGAAAUUUGUUACUCGAAAGGAGAUUGUGCCAGUGCGUGAGACCGAGAAGAGGGGACUCAUUUGGAGAAACGAGUGA